CUUCAUGAGACUGCCGACAUCACGCGCAUUUUCUCCGCGUUUGUCAUCAGGUCGCCAAGAACAAGUACCAUAUACCGCGCGCAAACGAUAAAGGAAGUCCUCUUUUAUUCCCCUUGGUAAAAAAGCCAGUAUCGUUCAUCGAGAGAUGCCGCUAAGGACCGUACUUUUGCUGCUCGCCGUGCUCAUCGCCUCCGCGUAUGAACUGGAUCAGAACGAAUCCUAUUCGCCGAGGAGAGCACGCUUCUCCGCCAACAGCCCCUCGGAUGUGGCACGCUGCUUGAACAGUGCCCUCCAGGUGGGCUGCAGUGCCUUUGCUUGUCUUGAAAACUCAACGUGUGACACAGAUGGCAUGCACGACAUCUGCAAGUCGUUUCUCUACAGUGCUGCUAAAUUCGACACUCAGGGCAAGGCUUUUGUGAAGGAAAGCUUGAAGUGUAUCGCCAAUGGCAUUACCUCCAAGAUCUUUCUAACAGUCAGACGGUGUUCCACUUUCCAGAGGAUGAUUUCUGAAGUUCAAGAAGAGUGUUACAGCAAGUGGGACAUUUGUACAGUGGCCAAAUCGAACCCAGAGGCCUUUGCAGAGGUGGCGCAGCUACCUAGUCACUUUCCCAACAGGUUUUAUGGGAAACUUCUGCAGAGUUUGAUGGAGUGUGAUGAAGAGACAGUGGACCUGGUGAGGGCAAAUCUGUUGACCCGAUUAGGGCCUGAGAUUGCCAUGCUCUUCCAACUACUGCAGAACAAGCCGUGUCCGUCUACCACAGCACCUACUGGAAUGGAGAUUCGUGGUGGGUGGCGGUGGUCUGUCAGUCCCCAUGGAUACAAGAACCAGCCUAAUCUACGCAACAGAGAUGCAGCGAAUCUCUUUGGCAAGAAACGCAAUAUUGGUGACAGCUCUUAACUUCAGACCAAUUUGCCAGUCCAAACUUAGCACACAUAAAUGCAAAGUGAAAACACACACACACACACACACACACACACACACACACACACACACACAAAAGAAAGCAAGACAAAACAGUGGUUUAUACAGGGACACAUUCCUUCUCAACUGGAAAAAAAGGCAUGCACCAGUGCGAAAACAUCUUGAAUGUCCAAGUCUAUAUUUAUCACUUCACAUUUGAUGAAUAGAGUUACAUGUUACCAGGAUUCAAGGACAAAUCAGGCUGGUUUACUGACUGAUUCAUGUGUAGGUAAAGGCAAGGUCAUUGUGAAAUCCAGUGGAAAUCACCUAAGCAACCAGGCCAUAAUGUAGAGUGCUCCUAGAUAUACUUAUUUUCAUGAAAAAAAAAAAAAUUAUUAUAAUCUAUAGAGAUAAAAGGAAAAUAAUAUUAUAUAAAUAAAUAGUCAUUUGUAAAUGAAAUAUGUCUUACAAAGAUUACAGCAAAGAAAAUGUAUGUGUAUAUAUACUGAAUCUAGCGUUGAUGUGAAAUAGUCAGCAUGUGUUAUAGAAAUAAGAGUGUACUAUUUAUUUAUUAACAGAUAUUUUACUAUUUUAGCUGUUAAUCUCAAAUUGCCACUAGCCUUUUUGUGAAACUCUCCCGUUUGGUGAGAGGUAUUUUCAAAAUCUAUGUGCAGGAAUUCACUGAAAUACCAAAAAAACUGAAAUUCACUUCAAGCACCGUAUAGAGUUACAUUGUAUACAUCAUAUACAUUGAGGACAGCAACAUUAAA